GUGUCAGUUUGGCGUCUUUUCGCCGUGAUUGGAUCGCGCGCCGGUGCCUGAAAGCACCACCGGGAGGAGUGACAUUACUAACAGACAUCGGAGAGAGACACGCAAACACAUCACACCUCCUGAAAGAUGUCCGGCAGCACCUCCGCCACCGCGCAGCCCGCAAAAAUGAGAAAGGACGAGUCUUUCCUCGGGAAAUUAGGAGGAACCCUGGUGCGGAAGAAGAAAGCUAAAGAAGUGAGCGAUCUCCAUGAGGAGGGGAAGAAUGCCAUCAAUGCUCCCAUGCUUCCCACAGGGACAGACAUCCACCCAGAGGACACACUGCUGGAGGAAAACGCUGAGAGGAUCAUGUUGGACCCAACAUCACGGGAAAACCUUAAAUUUAAAGAUCUUCUGAAGGUCCUGAUUGACUGGAUCAACAGUGAGCUGGAGGAAGAGAGGAUCAUAGUCAAAGACCUGGAGGAGGACUGUUAUGAUGGACAAGUUCUCCAGAAGUUAUUUGAGAAGUUGUCAGGCAGGAAGCUGAACGUGGCCGAGGUGACCCAGUCAGAGAUCGGCCAGAAGCAGAAGCUUCAGACCGUUUUGGAGGCCGUCAACGAGCUGCUGAGGCCUCACGGCUGGACCAUUGAGUGGAACGUGGACUCUAUCCAUUCGAAGAACCUGGUGGCUAUUGUCUAUCUGCUGGUGGCUCUCGCGAUGCACUUCCAGGCCCCCAUCAGGCUUCCUGAGCACGUUUCUGUACAAGUGGUGGUAGUCAAGAAACGAGAGGGCAUCCUGCAGACCGCUCUUGUGACCAAGGAGCUGACGAGCACCACCGAAAUGAUGAUGGGAAGAUUUGAGAGGGACGCGUUUGACACUUUGUUGGAUCAUGCACCUGACAAGCUCAACGUAGUAAAAACGUCUCUCAUCACCUUCGUGAACAAACACCUGAAUAAGCUGAACCUGGAAGUUACGGAGCUGGAAUCUCAGUUUGCUGAUGGAGUGUACCUGGUUUUGCUGAUGGGGCUCCUUGAGGACUACUUUGUCCCUCUGUACAACUUCUUCCUCACCCCAGAGAGCUUCGAACAGAAGGUUCACAAUGUGGCGUUUGCUUUUGAGCUGAUGCAGGACGGAGGCCUGAAGAAACCCAAAGCCAGACCAGAAGAUGUUGUCAACCUGAACCUCAAGUCCACCCUCAGAGUCCUCUACAACUUGUUCACCAAUUACAAGAACUCUGAGUGAACUGUUCCAGCUUCACCCCCUGAUUUGAACACUGUCCUGUGCCUGCGCUGACAUUAUGCAUUACAGUCUGGACACUGGAGGAGACCAAGUGGGAUUGUAGUCAUCGUUAUGUGGGACUUAAAAAGACCCAUGGGGAGUAGCCUGAAAAUGGCUCUGAAUGUUAGUAUUUAAUCUUCCCCAAAUGUCAGUAUUUAUUUAUUCCUGCCUCGAACGUUAACUGCAGCCGGGGAAACCCUGCAACCUUUAGCCUGCAUUUGAAUACACAGCCGCCACGGGACAAAUGUGUGAGGGCAUAAUGUUAAAACUGGAAAACAUGUGUGUAAAACUCAACCCUCCAACAAAUAAUAGGCCAUUUAAGAAAGUUAAACACAUUGAAUAUUAUUUAGCACAGUAUCUAAAAAUACUCUGUGUACAUAUUAAAGGAAUAGUUCAACAUUAUUGGAAAUAUGCUUAUUCACUUUCUUGCCAAAAAAUCAAUCAUCACUCUCAUGCUUGUGUGCUAAAAAGUAAGGUUAGAACCAGCAGCUGGUUAGCUCAUGUUAGCAUAAAGGCUGCAAACAGGUGCACCAACAAAAUUUGGUUUCUUCAUGACAUUGUUUUGAAACUAAACUUUAUUUUGACUAUCACUGUCCAUAGCAUAUAAAUAUUACAACUUAAUACAUUUCAAUGUGAUUUAAUGGUAGCGUCACAAGAGUCAAAAGUUGAGAUGGCAGUUACUGCUACUCUGCUAGACAAGUGCUGUUAGCAAGAGUUUAACUGGGCUUUAUCGCUCCAUCAUGUCUGGAUUUAGCUGCUGCUUCAUUUAGUGACAUGGAAAACAAACUUAAUUACUAAGAUGUCAGUACAUCAAAAUAGCUCUUGUUAUUUAAGUGUACAAAUAGUAGGGUGGCGAAAAUAAAACAAGUAAAUGUUGUCCUAGCUGUGGCUAUCUCACCAGCUAGCUUUCAGAUGAUAUAGCUUCUUUCUUUAGCUGUCUGGCUGGUUGGAGUCACUGCAAAUAUAAAAAGCAGUUUUUAUAGACAUACAUUUCUAUGGCUUUUUUUUGUGUGUGUAUACUAAAACACGUAACAAAAAGUCAAAUUCUGGUCUUAACUCAGUUUUGACCAAAUGCACUGUAUUUUGCCUGUUUCCAUGUUUAUUCUAAGCUAAGCUAACCGGUGCCUCACUGUAUCUUCAUAUAUAAUGUACAGAUAGUAGAGUGUUAUCAAUGGUCUCAUCUAACUCCACAAGAAAGCAACGAAGCAUAUUUCUCAAAAUGGUUUUUACUAUUGCUUUAAGAAACUUGAGUGCUUUGUAUUAUAUAUAUAUGACAUAUUAUAUAAUAUCUGAAAAUGCUUUGUUUAUUCUUACUAUAUAUAUAUAUAUAUAUAUAUAUAUAUAUAUAUAUAUAUAAUCGUUUUUACAGCUGGAAGGAACUGUGAAUAGUUCUUGUUUACUCUGAACUAUGCAGACCACAUCUCAAGCCAUAUUUAAAAGCUGAUGCUGUUGCCUUCUGCCUUAAGUGCAGCGUGCUCUUGCCGUCCCGGGAGAGCUCAGUCAGAGGAUCUUCAUAUUGACCUGCCUUUCAGUCGAGUCUCCGAGGAGGCCUGGACCUCUCUGCGCUCUCCUGAAGCCGAGCUGGGCCUGCGGUGCCACCUGGAGACCUGCUAAGAUGUACAGUGAACGACUACUCAUCCUUUUUCGAGCCGUGCUAAAUUAUUGAGAGAGGAUGAGUCAAUCUAAACUGCGCUCGCGCUGGGUGGCUCACCACUGUGCGUUUUUUUUAUCUUGCCAAUCAAGGAAUAAAUGAAUGGAAUCA